AUGGCCUCAGUCAACAUCGCUUCACCUCCGACUGAUGAUCCUUAUAAACCGUUCGCUUUUGUAAAUUUCGUCAUUCUCACAUAUUCAUUAGGUUACGAUAACUUCAAUUACUCCUUCUUCCUAACCACUAAAAACAAACCGGUGGUUGAAUACAGGAAGGCAAACGACAAGAGUUUUGCCAUUCGCAUUGUCCAUGGUGGGUUCUUUACAGACUGCCCAGGCAAGGCGUAUCAACAGAACAAGGUUCACUUCAUUUCUCAUGUGAACAUCGAUUCGUUAGACAUGGAGUUGCUUGGGCGUUUUUCUAGAAGCCUUGGGUAUACCAGUUUGGGGAACUGGUAUCAUACGCCCAUCAGAGAACACAGUGGGUUGUAA